AUGUCGCUGGCCCCUCGGGACUCGGACUCACCGACUCUGAAACCAACCCGCGGAAGAGCGCUCUCGAGGCUGCCGAGACACCGCCUCUGGGCCAACCCAAAUCGACAAGGCCAAGUGGAAUGCAAUGGCCUUAAGAGUCAUUCUACUCAUUAUAUUAUGAGUGAUGCAGCUUUACCUUCAAGACAAAAAGUGGGUCUCUACGUGAUACUGGAUAAUUGA